ACUUGCUUGCUAAAAGUACGAAAAGUCUAUUACCCCAUAGCACUGCACUCUCCAGCUAUAGUCAAGGUAUUCAGGAUGGUUCGUUGGCGUGCCCUUCCCCCUACUUGCUUGCUAAAAGUACGAAAAGUCUAUUACCCCAUAGCACUGCAAACUCCAGCUAUAGUCAAGGUAUUCAGGAUGGUUCGUUGGCGUGCCCUUUCCCCUACUUGCUUGCUAAAAGUACGAAAAGUCUAUUACCCCAUAGCACUGCAAACUCCAGCUAUAGUCAAGGUAUUCAGGAUGGUUCGUUGGUGUGCCCUUCCCCCCACGUGCUCACUAAAAGUACGAGAAAUUUAUGUGAAAACGACAAACAUGGACUGUCUUUGUCCCGGCAGCUAGCACACACACUAUCUAGAAACUCACCAUAAAAUGCCCCACGUUGCACUACAACACAAGCACUACAAUAUAAGCUACAUACACUUUCAAUACCUGUACAUAUACACAGUGUGUAUAUGUACAUAUACACAGUGUAUAUACCUUAUAAAGACACACUACCUAAACUCGCU